AUGUCGUCAGAUUCUAAUACCCAGCGCUGUCUCCGCCCCAGACCCAAUCCAAAGUUAACAACCUCAACUGCACCUGACAGUACGGAUGAUUUUUUCCUCAUACGGCGAAAUGCUGCCUUGCCGCCACCCACCUCCAGUGCGGAGCCAUCUGCUGUGCCUGUGGCCCCCCUGAGACCUAAACGUGCUGCUGCACACAACUCGAAGAAGAAGGUUUCGCCCCGACGAUCCAACAUCCCUUCCCCUUCCACUCCCUCUUCUAAAAUUGUGCUGAAAAUCCCUCGUCGUCCACGCACCCACGCUGAGCUGAACGCGGCACCAGCUUCCCUUUCCUUGACCACUGCUGGUGAAUCCAGUUUCUGUGAGCCACCAUCGAAUCCUGAAGCUGGUGAGCAGGUCAGUGGCAACCAUGAUGCCGCAGGUGACUCCACUUGCCUUGACCCGCAACCCAAGAGCACCGAGGCCGAGCCGGACGCGGCACCAGCUCCUACUGCCCUUGACGAGCGUAAUCUCCAUAAAUCACAGCCAAACCCUGAAUCCAGUGAGCAGGUCAGCAGCGAGCCCGACACUACGGGUGGACCCAGUUGCCGUGGUCCGCUACUCAACAAUUUCGAGGCCAGCGAUCAGGCGACUCACCCUGUUGUCAGCACUGGCAGCCUCCCUAGCAGCACAAUUGCCGAUAAUACUCCCCUUGUUGGCCAAACUGUUAAUGGCGAGGCUGGCGGGUUUGAUGAUGAUUCCAGAGAACUGAAUUUGAUUGGGGACCCCUCCGGGGUGAACGUGAAUUACCCAGAGCUUGAGGAUGUUGCGGCAGCCAAGAUGGAUCUGAUCAAUUCCUUUGAUGAUCCUGAGGCAGAUGUGUCUCCCCUAGUGGCUGGACGUUACUCAAAGGUGGAAAUUAAGGAGCUAGACGCUAUUUAUCAAUCCUUCCUGAUUUCCGUCAAUGACUGGGCUGAGAGUCGACAUCGCACCAUCACCUCCGCACUCAAUCAUAUCAGCCUUGCUUUUGCUACCCGUGAACGCCGUGCUUCGGGGAACCCAUGGAACGCAUACCUCGAACUCAACCCCAAUCCGGAUUCCAGCAUGCGUUAUGACCAGUACAUUCAGAACAUUGCUCGGCCCAACUAUAACAAGCUUACUCAGGAUCAUGGUGGAAAGGGCAGCCAGGGCUGGCAGGCUAAGGCGCAAGAAUUGAUCCAACUUCAGGACGCAAAGAAGCGGGAUAGCAUUUCAAUGAUCCGAGAUGAUGCCAAGGACCAGGGGGGGAUGAUAAAGCGGAUUGUCAAGAGCUGGAAGCAGGAUUCUGUUGCAGCACGUUUCGCUGGCAUUCACAUGGCCAUGAUGAUUCUUCCAUCCCAUAAGGCUGCUUCCGACAUGGGCACCUUCGAGUCCAAUUCACCACAUCUGCACCAAUUUAUCACUAGUAAGCUCGGCAAGGAGACUACAUUUAUCCCCGAGCUACACAGUAUAAUUUCGGGUGUUGAUGCACCGGCUACAGAAGCCGUGGGACGGGACAAAUUAAGGUCCAAAUGUCGGGAAUAUUUGUGCCAGAUCGCGGAGCAAGCCAGCAUGCCCUUCAAAAAGAACUUCCAGUGGAACCAGUUCAUUGCUCGUUUGAUCCGGCAGGGGAAACAGCUUGUGAAUUGGCGUGACAACCUCCCACUAGCACAUGUUUUUUCGGGGGAAUACUUGCAGAAAAAGACGGACACCUGGGAGAUGCUGUGGACUUCCUGCACUGGAGCCGAUAAUCAACCUAAGCUUUUCAUACAGUCAAGGCCUUCUGGAAGCGAUGUUAUUGUUGUUGCUGUUAAUGAGGAGGCCAUAUUGUCAUCCGGUGAUGCGGGUGUGUUUUUGCAAAAGCCGAAGCGCACUCGAAAAGCCGCAACUCUUGUAGAGGAUUGUGAGGAUGGAAAGAAGGUGGCCAAGCGUCGUAGGGUGGGGUCUGAAUGUGACCGCUUUGCUGGGUCUGCAAACGGUGAAUCUUUUGCUCCCCAGGAAGAUCGCCGAGUCUCUUCUACUAGUGUCUCGACUCUAGUGGCAGAAGAACCAUUGCCUAGCAAUGCUGGACUUGUGGGGUUCCCUCCCAUCUCCAUCCACAAUCCCGAUAUCUUUGCAUCUCUCCCUGGCCCCUCGAACAGCCAGCCUGCCGGUACUUUUCAUGGCAUGCCAUAUGGACUGGUUUCAACCCCAGCAAUUCCGCCUUUCAGCUACCCAUUCAUCCCUCACCAACACCAUUUCCCACCUAUGAUGGGUAUGGAGGUGCCAGGUAUGUCUCCCAGUGUCCCGACAGCUGAUCCACGACAAUCGCAGACUUUCUUCAACUUUAAUCAUACGAACACAUAAGCUUCUUAUAAUCAUUCCAUUUGUACAAUAUUUUUGCAAGCUUUCCCCUCGUGCUAACGUUUAUCUCAUUAUCUUAAUGUCAUCGCUUCAUUUGUAUAUACGAUUGCACUCAUACUCCAUAUCAUGCUAAUGGUUGUCUUGAUACCAUUUGUACAUACUCUCACAAGUCUUCAUCGCAAUGCUACUCUGUUUGCGCAAUCUCAUUUCCGUUCAAUAUCGCAGUACCACUCCGCACGGACUGUAAGUAGGGGCAGCGGCCGCUGAAGUUAAUUCGCACGCUUGUAUAUACAAGUGGAUAUACAACAGUAUAUACAGGCCGGGUUUGGCCUAUUAGGGGCCAAUGAAAGUUAUACAAAUAAUCCACCUAACGAGGCUUCGCCCACUGGGUGUCCAAGGU